AAGAGUGUAUAUAUUUAAAUUGGAAAGAAAAGUCCGGCCGGGCCUGCCACUCUAGUUUGCACCAUCGGAAUCAUCAUCUCACCGGAAAUAAUGGUGGAAAGGGAGGCCGGGAGAUCCAUCGCCGAAACCCCCACGUGGGCUUUCGCCUCCGUCGUCACCGCCUUGGUCUGCCUCGGUUUCCUCAUUCACGGUGGUCUCAAUAAGAUUGCCAUGUGGUUGGACAGAACAAAAAGGAAGCCACUUCUUGCAGCAUUGGUGAAAAUCAGGGAGGGUAAUUUUUUAAAACUGGAUGACCCUAAGAUGAAUUAAUAUUUUGAUAUCAUGUGAAAAAUCAACUUAAAUUUAUACUUGUAUAUUGAAAAAAUGUUUAAUAUUGAUGUUAAAAUUAAGAAUUUUUUUACGUCAUUUACCCCUGAAUUUUUUGAAAAUUGUGCGGAUUCUUCCCAAACUUUAAAAAUUGCACCAAUGUCCCUUGAACUUUUAAAAAUGUUUGGACCAACGGUCUCUCUGCGCCAGAUUUAAAAGUGCAUUAAUCACACGCUCAUCUAUAUACGUGUUUGAGUUUGAUGAAGAAUUGAUGGAUUGAUGAAGAGGUCAAUCAAUUGAUGACAUUGCAGAACUCACAUGGGAUAUAUGACUUUAGAUGAAUCCAUACUUGCAUUGGAUGAGCGUGUGAUUAACACACUCCCUGAUCUGGUACAGAACGACCAUUCAUUUACAAAGUUCAGAGGGAACGUGUGCAAUUUAUUAUAAAGUUCAGAGGUAAAUGAUACAAAAAAAAACACUUUAAAAAAUAAUUAGAUUAAUUAACAAGUUGGAAUGAUUUGGUGUUGUGAAGCAGAGUUGAUGGUGUUUGGUCUUCUGUCACUGCUGAUGGGGCACUGGAUAGGCUUUGUUGCAAGGAUUUGCAUAAGAUCAUCAGCCAUAAACACCCAUUUUUAUCCAUGCUCUCCAUGGAACCCUAUUUCUUCUGCUCUCAACCAUCAUUUUAAUAUGUCUCUUCCUCCUGAUGAGUUGAUGAAGGCCAACUAUUCCAGAAAGCAUUCCUGCCCACAAGGCCAUGAAUCUUUUGCGUCAAAAGAGAGUCUUGAGGAACUUCAUCAAUUCCUAUUUGUUUUAGGCGUUACUCAUGUCUCGUACAGCUUUCUUGCUGUCGCCUUAGCCAUGUUUAAGAUCUCUAGUUGGAGGAGAUGGGAAAACCAUGCAAAUUCAAUGGUUCUUCAAGGACUAAGAGGUUCACGUUCCUCGGAAGCUGCUUCGUACCACACGAAAAUGAGGCGUUUGUCUACUUUUAUAUUUCACCAAACUUCACAUCCAUGGAGCCAUCACAGAGUUCUUGUUUGGCUGCCGCCAGUUUUGGAGUUGUAUAAACCAAGCUGACUAUAUGGCUUUGCGCUUGGGUUUCAUCACUACACAUCAACUACCGCUAAUGUAUGAUUUCCAUAAGUAUAUGCUUCGAAGUAUGGAAGCCGAAUUUUGUCAUAUUGUUGGCAUCAGCAUUCACCUUUGGAUUUUUGCCAUCUCGUGGAUCCUUCUAAGUUUUCACGGUAAAUCUUUUUAAUU